AUGCUUGUAAAUCAGCUAGUCAGGGACAGAAAAAUCGCUAUCCUCGUACUACAAGAAGCGCACCUGAACGACGAGCGCGUGGAAUCCCUGAACCGUGUUUUCGGACGAAACAUGACCAUCCUACACUCCCCGGACCCCAUCAACAGUACGGGUGCGAGAGGGGUAGCCCUCGUAAUAAACAAACGCGUUCUGAAAGACUGCACACCCGUAAUGCGGCAGAUAGUGCCUGGAAGAGCCAUCCUAACUUCCAUCCCCUGGGCCGAAGACCGAACGCUUAAAAUAUUGAACAUCUAUGCCCCGAACGAUGCGACGGACAACGAGGCCUUCUGGGUGAGACUGGGGAAUGAACGCCUGGGCCGCAUUGACUUCCUACUUGGUGAUUUCAACCUUGUCGAGGACCGGGCGGACCGCGUACCGCAGAGAGAGGACCCGGAGAGACCGCGGGAGGCACUACAAGCCCUCUGCGAAAAGCUCGAUCUGAUAGAUGGGUGGAGAAGCUCGAACCCCCUUGCCCCGCGCUACACGUUCCUGCAGGAGAGCACCUCUUCCCAAUCACGACUAGAUAGAAUUUACGUGAAAAGACAGACGUUCAAAGACUGCUCGGACUGGGAUAUUACGGAACCGGGCAUCCCCACUGAUCACCUACUGGCGUCGGUGGCGAUUCAGAACUACAAGGCGCCCUUCAUCGGGAAAGGCCGAUGGGUCAUGCCUACUCACUUGCUCGAAGACCAGGAAAUGAAGAAAUCUAUGCUAGCUCUGGCCGCUGCCCUCGUCAGACAGAUCGAAAGCAUGCCGACGAGGACGGCCGAGUCGAACCCCCAAACAAUGUACGCCGCCUUCAAAGCGGAACUCUCUGCUGCGGCUCGAACCCGGGCGAGAGAGAAGGUGCCCAAGAUGCAGAAAAGAAUCGACAGGAUGCGCGAGGACCUAACCAAAACGCUU